CGAUAGAAAACGUUUUGCCUUGUGUUCUUCCUCCCAGACUUUCCCAAAUAAGAAAGAUUUUCAGUAGAGUGAGGGAAAAAGUUUGACUGGAAAUAGCAAGAUCACCUUUUCGUUCCAAUAUUUAAAACGGAAAAAAACAUUACUCUUCACAGAUCCCUUAUAGCAAAACCCUAGAAUUCCAGACACAACCGAUUAUCACGCUCGCCGUAGUUUCUCUCUCUUUUUUUUUCCCGUCAAAAUCCAGCCGUUGAUCCAUCUAUGCCGGUCUUCUCAAUCAUGCCGGAGUCCAAUUAGUGUGUUAUAUAUUCAAAUUUUCCGGCAGCGCCGAAGCCAUUGCAGGCACCGGUUUUUUUGUCUGAUUAUUGGGAUAGUGUGUCCUGAACUCGGAUGUGAAGAUGGAUGAUAUACAUGGGAGUGAGGCACGAAUGCACAUGGCGGAUGGGGCGCAGGUGGUCCACCACCAUUUGCAUUACAUGCAAGAACAUGAGCAUCAUCAUCACGGGUUGCACCAUUUGAGUAAUGGCAAUGCGAUGGACCAUGAUGACCACGACGAUCAUGGUGGUGGAGGGGGAAGUGAAGGGAUUGAAGGGGAUGUUGGGGCUGAUCCUGGUAGUUUGUCUGAUAAUCACAGUGCAUUGGUGGCUCGUGGCAGUGACGAGAAUAAUAAUCAGCUCACUCUAUCUUUCCAGGGCCAGGUUUACGUGUUUGACUGUGUCUCCCCUGAAAAAGUUCAAGCUGUCCUAUUAUUGUUGGGGGGUCGUGAAGUACCUGUGAGCAUGCCUGCUAUGUCCGGGAACACUAAUCUUCCUAGUAGGGGAUUAUCCAGUACUCCACAAUCGCUGAACGUUUCUCAGAGACUGGCUUCAUUAAUUCGAUUCCGUGAAAAGAGGAAAGAACGAAAUUUUGAUAAGAAAAUCCGUUAUACUGUUCGUAAGGAGGUCGCGCUUAGGAUGCAACGAAAUAAAGGUCAAUUUACUUCUUCUAAACCCCAUCAAGAUGAAUCAGCAGUAGCAAGUUGGGACUCAAACCAGACCUGGGGUUCGGAGGGUAGUCGGUCUCAACAUCAAGGGAUUGUGUAA